AUGCGCAUUCGUUUUCUCACCGUUAUACAGGAUCUGGACCAACACGAUUCCUUCGUUCUGGAUGCUGGUGAAGAAUUGUACAUCUGGAUCGGCAAGGAGACCUCGCAGCAGUUACGGAAAUCACCCAUCGAUAUAGCCACGGCAUUCACCAACAAAUACAAACACGACUCCGUUCCAGUGGUAGUGACCAAACAGGGGCUGGAGUCUGAUGCUUUCAUUCGGCUGUUCGAAGACUGGGACCCUGAUAUGUGGCAGAAAAACAAAAUCGACAAUCAAAGCAAAGAAGACGCAAUGGAACUAAACGAAGUCUAAGCAACAACAGAAAAAACAAAACAAUUAUAAUAAGUAUAAUACUUGUACCAAAAAUCUCGUGGAAAAUUUGGCUUAUAAUAAAUACAAACUUUUAAACAAAGUAAAAAAAUAAUAAAGUCAUUGAGAGAAAGUUUAAAUUCAACCGUACUUAAAUCAAAAUUUAAAAAGCCAGCACAGCAACAUGAUAGUGUUACCUUUUUAAUAUAUGUUAUAAAAAACAGGCCUAUUGUGACAUUUUUACGAGAUUUUAAUAUUAUUACAAUAAUAUACAUUAUUUUUGUCACUAAUCGAAGCACAAGUUAACAUUAACAAUGGCACAAAUAAAAUUGUAACAUAAAGAUCAUGACCCACAAUUUGACCCUGUUAAUAGAUUUCUGCGUACAAAAACCACAUUAGUUUUAAAUUAUGCAGUUAUAAACCACUUUACAAGUAAAAAAAAUUUAUACGAAGUUAACGUGUUAACUUGAUAUUAAACAUAUUUUUUAUUGUGUGAAAGCUCUAAUUAGGUUAUUUUCGUUUUUGUUACGAAUCCGAAACUAUUAUAUAAUAUAUAAUA